AAAAACAAAAACAAACGAAAAAAACAAGCGCUUUACGUGACACUUCUUUGCGUGCUUCUGACGGCGCAGCGUCAUCACGUAAACAGGAAACGUAGAAGCGAUUCUUUCUAGAAUUCUGUAGUAGCGUCUGGCUAAGAGAGUGGGAGAGGUCCAAGUCUAUUUAUCCUAAAGUGAAAAAGCAAAUCGCCGGAUUUUUUACAAAUUCGUAUUUCUGAGAGGCGUGGUUGUGUUAGUGUGUUUGUGGACGUAUUUUAGUUUGGUUGUGGUCAGCUUCGGUGAACUUAUUUGACUCUCAAACAAGCUAAGCUGUUAGCUUUGGGCUCUGGUUUGCAGGAUGUCAAGGAUAGAUUACAGCGUGUGGGACCACAUUGAGGUCUCGGACGACGAAGAUGAUACCCACCCCAACAUCGACACACCCAGUCUGUUCAGAUGGAGACAUCAGGCCCGUGUGGAGCGAAUGGAAGAUUUUCAAAAGAAGGGUGAAGAUCUCAACAAGAGUCUGACCGACUGUCGGCGUAAGCUGGCGGAGACGCAGAAGAAAUUACAAGAGUUGAGCCUUGCCUCAUCUGACGGCGCCAAAGCAGAACUGAGUAAAGUGCAGGCUGAGGAGAAGAAGUUUAAAAAAGAGGAGCGAGAAUUAGCGAAGAAGAUGGAGGAGCACAACAGAGAGGAGAAGAAGAUGCCAUGGAACGUAGACACCCUCAGCAAGGAUGGCUUCAGCAAGAGCAUCGUCAACGUCAAACCCGAUCCUUCUGAAGAGACCGAAGAGGAGAAGGAGCAAAAGCACAARACCUUUGUAGAAAAGUACGAGAAGCAGAUCAAACAUUUCGGCAUGUUGCGACGUUGGGAUGACAGCCAGAAAUACCUCUCUGACAAUCCUUAUCUUGUUUGUGAAGAAACUGCCAACUAUCUCGUCAUCAUGUGCAUUGAUCUGGAAGUCGAAGAGAAACAUGCAUUGAUGGAGCAAGUGGCUCAUCAGACUAUCGUCAUGCAGUUUAUUCUAGAGCUGUCAAAAAGCCUCAAAGUGGACCCCCGUGGUUGCUUCCGUCAAUUUUUUACCAAGAUCAAGACGGCUGACCAGCAGUACCAGGACGCUUUCAACGAUGAGUUAGAAUCAUUCAAGGAGCGAGUUCGGGGAAGAGCAAAGAUCCGCAUAGAAAAGGCCAUGAAGGAAUUGGAGGAAGAGGAACGACAGAAGCGUAUAGGUCCCGGUGGACUAGAUCCUGUUGAGGUGUACGAGUCCCUGCCAGCUGAGAUGCAGAAAUGUUUUGAUGAGAAGGACAUCCAGAUGUUACAAGAAGUCAUUACCAAAAUGGAUCCAACGGAGGCAAAGCUUCAUAUGAAAAGAUGCAUYGACUCAGGACUCUGGGUUCCCAACGCCAAAACUGAUGGGGAUGAAAAAGAAGAAGAAGAAGCCACCUACGAAGAGGUGAAACAGGAGCUGGAGGAAACAAAGACAGAGUGACGAGAAUAAUUUUUUUUGAAUUGUUCUUUGCAAAUGUACUCACCCAAUGUAAUGCGACUUCAUAUGUGUAUGAUUAGUUGGCUAAUGGAAUGUUUCUCAUGAAGUUUAGAAAGAUUAAACUGAAUCAUGUUCACUUAACUUUGUUGGAUGAGUCCCCCCCCCCCACACUCCCAGAUAGGAAACUGCUGCUUGAGUGUAUUGACGUUGUUGAAGUCCUAUUCUUUCAUUUAUUUGUAUGUUUUAGUUUGUAGAGGGGUGUAUGAACAAACACAUGCCUGGCUUCUUUAAUUGGACAUUAGAUUUGCUUUUUUUUCAGGGGUUUUUCUUGACAUUUAGGCUCUUUUCAAAUUAUAAAUCACAUGCUUCUCUUCUAAUGUCUAUUUCUAUAAACGUCUGGUUGAACUCUGUC